GCGAACAUGGCCACGGAGAACAACGGCGGCAACGUGACUUCGAUGGAGGUCGUCGUGAAAGCGGAGGAAGCCGUGACGAAGACAGAGGAGGAGAACGAGGAACAUGAAGAGCAGUCCCGUAGUCGACCGAAGAAGAAGAAGAAGUCGGGACGACACAAGCGAAAAACGUCUGACCGCCGCGAGUACGUGAUGGAGUCGAAGAAGGAAAAGGAAGCCGAAGCACGGGAAUGGCGCAAAGCGUUGGAGAGCCGUGAAUUCGACGAACUGCAGGAGUAUCGAUACAUGGCAGUGAUCAAGGAGCAGCUCCUCCAGGAAGACAACCCCGACGCCGCUGCCAUCAAGCCGGCCAAGCGACCUUCCAAGAAGUCGAAAAAGGCAUCCAAGAAGCGAGCUCGCGUUGAAAGCGCCAACGGCGACUGGGAAUGCGGUCCUGGCGGCAUGGAAGACGGCGACGACGACGACGUGGUGCUCCUAAAGGUAGUUGCCCAACCCACAAAGAAGCAAUCGUCAUCCACAGAGCCCAUAUGCCUCGACGAAGAUGCCAUUCCCAGAAGACACGCUAAGCCCAAGCCGGCAACCCCAGCGAUGAUGACAAGUGUCCAGAAAGAAGCAGGGUUGCAGCGCCCGACCCAGUUCCGCCUCUCGGUCGUUAAGGCAUCGUACCAUCACGAGUACAAAAUCCCGUUCGAACUGACCGAAGAAGAGUACCAACUGCUGUUGACAGAUGCGCCGCGUGGGAAAUGUCCCAAGUAUGCCGACGUGCUCGAGGGGAAAUUUCCCACGGCACCAUCCGCCCACUGGUGCGCCAAGUGCCAUUCCAUGAUGUUCUUGUACCAUUGCCAGCAAGCCAUCCUGUCCAAUAACUAGUACCGUUAGUGUACUAGUUUAGUAUAUACAUAUAUAUAUAUAGAUAAUAUAUCGACAAUAAAGUCCAUCGGUGCUAACACUCGC